CGCUCCGGUGCUACGUGCUUUCUUUGUCAAUGAGGCGCCGCUCCGAGCUGCAGUAGCUUUCGCGGCUGGAGCCAGAGCCUAGCUAUCCAGUGAACCGACAGGGAUAGAGACCUGGGCGCAGGGGCGGCGGCGGGCGGCACGCUGCACGAGCUAGGUCCGCGGGUCUCCGUGUCUCGCAGCCUCGCUCUCGAGGUGCAGCAUCCGGCCCUGGGGAGGGGACCGGGGCGCCGCCCGUCCCACCCUCGCCGCACCGUGGGAACCCCCAUGCAACCCCGGUACCCGCGCGCCUGAAGCCGCGGCUCCUUUGAGCCCGCCUCCGACCCAGGCAGGACGAGCGAACAGCUCGCACCUCCUGCCUCCCUCCGACUCCCGGGCCAUGGCCCGAGAUGCCCGGUGAGGAGCGGUGCGCGGAGGGCUGGGCUCACCGGCGCGGUGUGGAACGAGGCAGCGGCCUGGAUGUAUGAACAGUCCCUAUGGCUCUGCAGGAGGCGAAGCCCCAGGGCCCGAGCGAAGCUGAGCCGGCAGCGCGGGAGCCCAGGGACCGGCUCCGGGAGCAAGGGCUCUGCGGGGCGGGCGGGAUCGCCGCGCGUUGCCAGGGCGUGAGAAGCUCCGAGGCCCGCCGGUCCGAGGAUGUGCUGCUGCGGCGGCCACUGCUGCUGGGACUCUUGCUGCUGGCUGCCCUCUCCGGGCACUGCUGGGCCGACUCCGGGACAGACAAUCUACAGAUACAUGUCACUCCGACCUCAGAGUCCUUUCCCCUUGGGAAAUUGUUACCAAUUUCACCAACAUGGCCUUUCUCGGAAGUCAAGUCUUCCUCAGCAGCAGACAGAUUCAAGAAUGUGCUGGGGCAGCCUCCUGACAACACAACCUUGCUGAAGCUAUCCCAGACACCUCUGCCCAAGGCACACCGCAGGACCAGGGCACAUGUGGACUUCUCUUCAUCCCUUUACCAAGGAAGUGGACAUAGCGCCUCCCUGGAUCUUGCCAAGGACCCCACUGAGACUCUGGUCCAAACAAGGCCUGAAGGGGGAAGAGAAGCAGCAGACAUGUCAGCCCCUGGAGGCCUUCCAGGUGGAACCUCCUCACGGCCCAUGUGGGAAGAGGCUUUGAGUCCUGUAUCUACCCAGCCAGUCCUCACAGCGGGGCCUGUCAGAGGGCACGGUGCAGAGUCAUUACCCACUUAUCUGCGCACAGCGGCAGCAAGCUAUGGGGCCUGGGCCCCACGAUCCCAGACUGCAGAGUCAGUGAUGACCAGCAGAGAGCUAGCCCCUGUUCCUCCUACAAAUAGUUUUGCCAACUGGCCACAUUUGUCAGAAGUGCCAGAGAGUUCCAGAAAGCCCACCCUCUUCCCAGAAAACAAACCUUCCUCUUUGGUGCCGCCUCCUCAGCCUCUUACUACACUCAGUCAAGGGCAAAUGGUCCAUCCUGAGGCAGCUCCUGGAUCACCACUGAAGGGGACAGGCACCCCUCUCUCCCUGCUUACUGUCCUCCAGCCCAAUAAGGAUCACCAUGCCUCUCCAGCCCCUGUGCCAGAGGCACCCUUGUCCCGAGAAGGUGACCAUGAUGAGUACCUUCCUGAUGCAGCCACACAGCUUCUCUCAAGCAAACUUCCUAAUCCUCCUCCUACAAUUUGGACAUUUCCUCAGCAAAAGGAGGAUAGGGCAGCAGCCAUUUUCUGGACAAAUGAAAAGGCAAACGGGACAACUUCUCUGUGGGCUCUGCCAACGAAAGAGGCCCCCAGUCGUCGUGCAGUGACUGGAUCCACCUCUGAUUUUAACACAGGUCAUCUCUCACCUCUCAUCAUGACAGCACUAAGAACAGACCUCUCUCCUCCAGGGUCACCUCCGUCAUCCGCGCUCACCACACAAGCUCCUUCUCCUCACUCUUCCGGCACCAAGCUGGAGUCUCUCGCAGCUGUCACAAGCCAGUCAGAGUUGCCAGCUUCGGCUUCCAAACAGGUGACAGAACUUCCCUCCUCCACCGACGUCCAUGGUCUCCCAACAAUGGGAGGCACGAGAAAGCCAGCAGCCACAGAUGUUUUCUGGAGCUUUCUUUCAGCAGAAACUGCAUCCCUCUCCACACAAUCGGGGAUAUCUGGCUCGCAGCAGCAAACGAAUCACGAUGUAAACACUCAUACAAUUAACUCCACACAUCGGGAACUUCGUCCAGCUUCAGCGGCUCUUCCCGGUGGUACAACUUCAGCUGCCAAUGCAUUACAAUCUCGGAAUUUCAAAGAGAUUGCUGGGCAGCUGGUGGCUGCAGACAGCUUUAACUUCCAGGACCCAGUCCUCAGUCCCAGGACCAGCCAGCCUCUCCAACCCUCAGAAGAGGCCGUAGUUGAAAGCCACACAGACUUCCCGCCCACAGGCAAGCAUGCCAGAGACUUUGACACAGAAAUGGUUCAUUUCUACUCCUCCACAAGUCAACAUCCUAUGUCACAACUGCCCAUCGGGCCGGCCCAUCCUUUUUGGCCAACCUGGCCAAGUUUAGCUUCUGCGGCUAGCUUGCACCAAAUGCUUUCAGACGGAACAGACACAGGUUCACAAAUUUCCAGUGACAUCUAUCUAUCACCAGGGGAAAAUGGCUCCCCACCAUUCCAGAGUGUCCUGGAAUAUCACUCAUCUACAGCCUCACCUUCUGUACCAACCGGUGCCUUUUCCAGGACCCCUUCCAAAGUGCUGCGAACCUCCCGGCGUCCCAAGAAAUGGACAGGUGCAGCCACUCACACAGGUAGUUUGUUUCCUGGUACCCAGAAAACAGUGGAAACCUCUGUGUCCUCCAAAGGAGAACUGUCAGCAACUGCAGCAGCCACCGCCACCACCACAUUGUUUCUGAGAAGAUCAAGUCCAGCGCCACUGUCUGCGGCACUCACUGCUAAGGGCACUGGCAGCAGCAGCAGCAGCUUAGCCAAGAGCAGUCUGACCACUGCUCUAGCUAAAAACGUCACCAACAAGGCAGCAUCAGGCCCAAAGGUGACAGCAGGGACCAUCCAUACAGCCUUUCCAUUCACACCAACCUACAUGCUUGCCCGGACAGCACACAGCCUGAGCACACACACAACCAUGCAAGGGGCAACAGGCUCCGUGUCAGGCCUGUUGUCCACAACACACCUCCCCAAGAAGCCACAAGCCAUGCACACUGGUCUCCCUAAUCCUACCAGGCCAGACACACCCAGAGCAUCCACACCCCGCCCACUGACAAUCACAGCUGCGCUGACGUCCAUGACGGCAUCAGUAAAGGCCACGAGACUGCCAUCUUUGCAGGCAGGAAACACAGAUGCUGCUUUUCCGGCUGUGUCUACUGCAAUGGUCACAACUGGCAGGAUGGCAUCCAACUUGGACUGUCAGAUGUCCCACAAGUUCUUAGUGAAGACAGUUUUCUUCCUAACUCAGAGGAGAAUACAGAGCAGCGAGUCCUUGAAGCUUGGGGUAACCAAAGGGCUCACGCAGGCAUUGCGGAAGGCUUUCCACCAGAACGAUGUCUCCGCUCACGUGGACAUUCUGGAAUAUUCUCAUAAUGUCACAGUUGGCUAUUAUGCUACCAAAGGGAGACUGGUGUAUUUGCCUGCUGUGGUGAUGGACGUGCUGGGCGUGUAUGGAGUCAGCAAUGUCACUGCCGACCUGAAGCAGCACACUCCCAACUUGCAGUCUGUGGCGGUGCUUGCCUCCCCGUGGAAGCCCCAGCCUGCAGGUGCCUUCCAGCUGAAGACAGUGCUGCAGUUUGUAAGCCAGUCGGACAACAUCCAGUCCUGCAGGUUUGCCCAGACAAUGGAGCAGAGGCUGCAGAAGGCAUUCCAGGAUGCAGAGAGGAAGGUCCUCAGCACCAGGAGCAACCUGACAGUUCAGAUCGUGAGCACGUCCAAUGCCUCCCAAGCUGUCACACUGGUGUAUGCUGUGGGCAAUCAGAGCUCGUUCCUCAAUGGCACCGUGGCCAGCAGCCUCCUUAGCCAGCUCUCAGCUGAGCUGGUAGGAUUCUACCUCACCUACCCUCCACUCACCAUCGCUGAACCACUGGAAUAUCCCAACCUCGACACAUCAGAAACAACCAGAGACUACUGGGUCAUCACAGUGCUCCAGGGUGUGGACAACUCACUGGUGGGCCUGCACAACCAGAGCUUUGCCCGGGUCAUGGAGCAGCGCCUGGCUCAGCUGUUCAUGAUGUCCCAGCAACAGGGCCGGCGGUUUAAACGUGCUACCACCUUGGGAAGCUACACUGUGCAGAUGGUAAAGAUGCAGCGAGUGCCAGGACCAAAGGACCCAGCAGAGCUGACGUACUACACGCUGUACAACGGGAAGCCACUGCUGGGGACUGCAGCAGCCAAGAUUCUGAGCACCAUCGACUCCCAGAGGAUGGCCCUGACCCUGCAUCACGUUGUCCUUCUACAAGCUGACCCCGUGGUAAAGAAUCCACCCAACAACCUGUGGAUCAUCGCUGCGGUGCUGGCUCCCAUCGCCGUGGUCACCAUCAUCAUCAUCAUCAUCACUGCUGUGCUUUGUAGGAAGAACAAGAACGACUUCAAGCCGGACACCAUGAUAAACCUGCCGCAGAGAGCGAAGCCCGUGCAAGGCUUUGACUACGCCAAGCAGCAUCUCGGCCAGCAAGGGGCAGAUGAGGAAGUCAUCCCUGUGACCCAGGAAACGGUGGUCCUCCCCAUACCUGUCAGAGAUACUCCUCAGGAAAGAGACACAGCUCAGGAUGGCAGCACCAUCAAGACAGCUAAGUCCACUGAAACCAGAAAGAGCAGGUCGCCCAGUGAGAAUGGCUCUGUCAUCAGCAACGAAUCAGGAAAGCCCAGCUCAGGGAGGCGCUCACCCCAGAAUGGAAUGACACAGCAGAAAGUGACAAAGGAGGAGUCCAGAAAGAGAAAUGUGACAGCGAGCGAUGAAGAGGAGGGAGCAGGUCUCUUUGACAGCGCUGGCAAGGCGGCAGCAGAUCCCUUUGACACCUCCUCUGGAUCUGUGCAGCUCAUCGCUAUCAAACCAUCAGCUCUGCCCGUAGUGCACCCUGCCUCCGACAGGGGCCAGGAGUCCUCAGCAGCGCUCAAUGGCGAGGUGAACAAGGCACUGAAGCAGAAAUCAGACAUUGAGCACUACCGGAACAAGCUGCGCCUGAAAGCCAAGAGGAAGGGGUAUUAUGACUUCCCCCCAGUGGAGGCAAGCAAAGGCCUGACGGAAAGGAAGAUGUAUGAGAAAGCCCCCAAAGAAGUGGAGCAUGUUUUGGACCCAGACCCAGAACUGUGUGCUCCCUUUGCGGAGUCUAAAAACAGGCAACAGAUGAAGAACUCUGUCUACCGAAGCCGGCAGUCUCUGAAUAGCCCGAGUCCGGGAGAAACUGAGAUGGACCUUCUGGUCACUCGCGAGCGACCCCGACGUGGAAUCCGGAACAGCGGAUAUGAUACUGAGCCUGAGAUCAUAGAAGAAACCAACGUGGACAGAGUCCACGAGCCCCGGGGCUAUGGCAGGGCACGGCAGGUGAAGGGCCACUCAGAGACCUCCACACUGAGCUCGCAGCCUUCCAUCGACGAAGUCCGACAGCAGAUGCACAUGCUUUUGGAGGAAGCCUUUAGCCUGGCAUCUGCUGGCCAUGCAGGCCAAAGCCGGCACCAGGAGACCUAUGGCUCCACUCAGCACCUGCCGUACUCAGAGGUGGUGACCAGUGCUCCGGGGACCAUGACACGGCCCAGGGCUGGAGUGCAGUGGGUGCCCACCUACCGACCAGAAAUGUACCAGUACAGUCUGCCCCGGCCGGCUUACAGGUUCUCCCAGCUUCCUGAAAUGGUCAUGGGCUCUCCCCCACCCCCAGUUCCACCUCGAACAGGCCCUGUGGCCGUGGCUUCCCUCAGGAGGUCCACCUCAGACAUCGGCAGCAAGACCCGGAUGGCGGAGUCCACGGGACCUGAGCCCACCCAGUUGCAUGACAGUGCCUCAUUUGCCCAGGUGUCCAGAGGUCCCGUGUCCGUGACGCAGUUGGAUCAGUCGGCUUUAAAUUACUCAGGUAACACGGUGCCAGCAGUGUUUGCCAUCCCAGCUGCCAACAGACCCGGCUUCACCGGCUACUUCAUCCCAACACCACCCUCAUCCUACAGGAGCCAGGCUUGGAUGUCCUAUGCAGGAGAGAAUGAGCUCCCGAGCCAGUGGGCUGAUUCGGUCCCUCUUCCUGGGUACAUCGAGGCCUACCCCAGGUCACGUUAUCAACAGAGCUCCCCCUCCAGGCUUCCUCGCCAGUAUAGCCAGCCAGCCAACCUUCAUCCCAGCCUAGAGCAGGCCCCUGUCCCCUCUGCAGCUGCCUCACAGCAAAGCCUGACCGAAAAUGAGCCUCCGGACACUCCGUUGACCAACAUCUCCACUGCAGCCCUCGUGAAGGCUAUCCGAGAGGAAGUAGCCAAGUUGGCCAAGAAGCAGACAGACAUGUUUGAGUUCCAGGUCUAAUGCCUCAACUCUGAGGGGCUCUGCACUUGAAGGCUGUGAGGCAGCCAACAGGCUCCUCUCCCCUAAUGUGUGGAGGCUCUGGAUACUAAAUAACAAUAGACAUGGUCUUUCUCACCCUCGGAUUCUGAGAGCCAACAGCGGGGCUGCAGGAAAGCAGGAAACUUGUGAACAACUGGAGUCUGACUUCUGCAGCCCAUUGUGGGUCAACAAGUCCCUAACAGGGACCCUGUGCUUGAUAUUCUGUUGGGCUGAAUGUCUGGACUGUGGGUGGAAAGUCCCCAAGGAGCCCUAGUCGUGAGAGGCACUAGCUAGCCUGCAGGUUCCUGUCCAACGUCCCAUUUUCAUAAAUCACCAGAAGGGAGAGAAUGCUGCUCUGUCUUCAGUGACCUCUGCAUGUUCUCUUUCUGUGUUAAAGGCAACACAGGAGUGUGAUUAACCACCAGACUGUACUCUUGCAUUGAGCCAUGACCAUGAUUGCUUUAAAAAAAAAAUCACCUCUAGUCUGUAAGGGAGAUACUGACUCUCAAGCCAAGAAACUUGAUUCUCUUUGCUUUUAAAGGUUCAUGUUCAAAGUCAAAUGAAUUGGAUGGAAAUCAGUUCCAAUGGCUGUGCCUAUAAAUAGUCCUGACUCCUUUUCUCCCCCACCUGUUAAUUAAAGGCCAAGAAAGAGAGGCAAUGAGCCAGAAUGGCAGACUUGGGUUGACAGGCUGUUUAAGAGGUGUUGUCAUUUUGGAAAUAGAGUCUCCUGCAAAUCAGUAUCCAAAUGAAAGGCAAUCGGUGCUAAGAGGCUUGGGAGCCUACAAAAGAGAAGCAGUUGUUUGUGGAGGUUUUGCUUUGUCCAUAUUGAGGAUGGCUUGAGAACCUGGCCAUCCAGAGGGAACAAUAGAUGCAUCAACUUUAACAAGAUCUAUCUCCUACACAGUGCCAUUCAGCAUGCAUUGCUGAGUGGUUCGAAGCAGACCAUGACUGAUUCCAUUAGAAGUGGGAAAGGUGGAUCCACAGUCAUCCCAAGCUGCAGCCUCUGUUUGUAGAAACCUCUGAAUGUAGGAAAUCUUAUGUGAAAUUAAGGCAUCUUUCUUAAAAGUCUGUGGAGUUCACCAGUUCUCCAUAGUGGAUGGACACAGGAGGAAAUUUGCUGAGACGGCAGGGAUGUCCUGGUAUGGAGCAUCAGCCUGCAGAGUCCUGGGUGGAAACACUGCCUUGUAGCUCUGGGGUACCAGCCACAGAUGAUCCCUCUUGUGCAAAUAAAACUGAUUUGGGGUACCAGAAGAAAAGGAAAACCUAAGUUUCCACCCUAGCUUUGGGAGCCAUGUAUGGUGUCAGUGGGACAAUUUGGUGUGUAUUGGGGAAUAUGGUCCUACCCAGCCUUCACCCAUGACCCAUCUUGCUUCCGCUGUCCCCAUGUCCCUCCUAACCCAUCUAUGCAUUGUCUUCAUGAGUUUCUUUGGUCUUUACUGAAGGAAGAGAGAGGAGAGUAGGAUUGGAACUGAUUAGAACGGGAGAUUCAAACUGUCAAAGCACAGAACUUCCCCAAGAAGCUGUUUUUAUUUCCCUAUGGCAAACUGUCCUUUCUGGAAUGUUCAGAGAUGAUAAUGUUGUGGAAUCCCCAGACAAGCCUCUUGUGGGGAUGAUGUUAGGUAGCGAGCGCCCUUUUAGUAUGCUGGUUGAUCUUUCAUAGUCUUAGUCUUUUGUUACUUAAUAAGAAAUCAGCUAUAAAUAAAAUGUAUUUUUGUAAUUUCCAUGUGUAUAUAUGGUAUAUUUCUACCAAUGGCCAGUUGUAGUCCAAAUCCGAAAUCAGCUUGCAGAACACUGUGGCCAGUGCAAGAUUUUACUGACAGACUAAUGCGAUGCCUAACCCAGCCACACGGGCAUUUGAUGCACAUGAAUGAACAAAGAGCCAAAGAAACUCAGCCUUUUCGUGCAAAUGGUGUAAGACUGAUAUCGCCAGCUACUUCGCUCCACUUUAUCAGUAAUAUCAGCUUUCCAUCCAUGCGGCAUAUCAACUCGGGACUUUGUGGACUUGGCAAAUGCUUGGAAUGUGAGAAAGAAGUUUCUAGACCAUAGAAUAUGUAUGCUUCAAAAAGACAGUGUCUAAGCUUUGGGCUCCAGUAACUUCCAGAAAGAUCAUGAAUCCAGAGUUAACCAGUGGUGUAGCUCCAGAUUUCUAGGAAGAUGAAGCUGCCGCUCGCUGGAGUCUUGGCAGAACCCAUAAAAUAUUUAGUUCAUCGGGACAAUUAAAAUAGAGCAUGGUAAGUCAGCUGCCCUUUUCAGCUAGACACCAUGGGUUCCAGAAGUCUAUGCAAAGAAAACCUUAAAUUAAUGAAAACAUUACUAUGCUCAUGUUUUUCUACAAUGAUUAAAGCCUCCUGGGACUAAGAUGUUGUUCUUUCUCUAAAGAGUCUCCUAAUGGUAUAGAGGUGAUAAGUCACCGGAUAGGAGACUCCGAGAAGUUCAGAUGGUUAAAAUCACGUGAUAUAAAAAAAUGAGAUGAGGUCCCAAGGGAGCCCAGAGGAGGCAGCAGUGAGCUCAGAUCAUCAUGACCUUCUAGACAGUCACAGAAGCCAUAGAGGAUCUCAGUGGUUUACAAGGAGGAAGCCAAACUCCAGACAAGUGGAGGGUGGAGCCCCAGCCUGCUGACUCAUGCUCCAGCCUGCUGACUCAUGUCCCAGCCUGCUGACUCAUGCCCCAGCCUGCUGACUCAUGCUCCAGCCUGCUCUCCAUUUCACCACACUGCCUGUACACUUGUUGGGGACACAUUUCUUUAACUGUGCCCAGAAGUUAAAAAAAAAAAAAUAGGUAGGGUUCCUGUGAGAUUCCAUAAUACUCUUGCCAAGAAGGAGGAGGAAGAGGAGGAAGAGGAAGAGAAGAUGAUCAAUUUGGCUGUUUCCAGAGAGUUCCACUGAAGAAACUAUGUCCUUAGUUGCGAUUGAAGCUUGUGGGGGUAACUUACUCAUUCAGCACCGUGGAUUAAAACGGCAAGCAGGGAUGCUCUGACACUGUCACUGAAUCAGGUGAUCCAGUAGUGUGGGGACAUAAAGGCCUGCUGUGUGGCCUGGUACCUGAGAUCUGAGGUUGUGCAGCAUCAGGACGGUAACUGUGAGCUAUGGAAUGGGGGGGACAUCACCUCCGGAAGGGUUUGAAGCAGUUCACUGUCCCAUGAAAGAUAACGCUGUGCACUCAUUAUUUUAAAAGCCCAGGAGAAGAGCAACAGACAGACAUACAGACAGACAGACAGACAGAGAAACAAAAAAAAGUGACAUGCAAUUUCUGAAUAAUCUUAAUACAUGAAAGAAAAUAGUAAGAUCUGUGAUUCAGAAGAAAUCCUUCUGUGGGGGAAGGUAGACUGGAGGGGCGUGACGAUUCUUACAUCUAAGUAAAAGCAAUGUUUCCCUGCCAGGCAAAACUUGAAAUAGAUCAAAAACUAUUGAUUUCAUAUAAAUGAGCCCCAUUUUUCCCCACAGAGUACACAAGUACUCAAAAGUUCAAUGAAUAAUGAAUGUAACAGAAAUUUUCAAGUUCGAGAAAAAGGUUUGAGCUUAAACCCAAUCUUAGAGUUUGGACUUCCCUUACAAAGUACAGUCCAAGACUCCCUAAGGUGUAAUGUACAGUUUAGCUUGUGACCACCCUCAAAGGUGUUCUAGUCUCAAGGACCAGAAACCUGUCCAGCCUUGCUCCAGCUCAGGGACUGACUGGAAGAGACUGGGACAAAGGGCAAGGGAGACAUCCGCCAGCCCACCUCUCUCUCUCUCUCUCUCUCUCUCUCUCUCUCUCUCUCUCACUCUCUCUCCUCUGCAGCUCCCAUCUGUCUCUCUCAGCACAUGUGUUCCACCACCCUCUCACUUGCCUGGGCCAUCCAGCUUCCCCACUAAUGCAUAUGGAACCAAAUACCAACCUCAGAACUCACACCACACCUUUCCUCCUUCCCAGACUAUUCUUGAACUAGCAUCUUUGAGCCUCCUUACACAAACGCUUGAGAACCUGAUUGAUCGAGUUCAUACCUGCCUGUGGUGGAUAAGCCACGCUCAGGGCAGGUGCCCAUCCAGUCAGCUGUAAGCAAAGAGGCAGGGCUCUGUCAUACAAGCAUGGUUCCUGGAUUGACCCGUUUGGCAGGGGCUCUAGUUGAGGGUUGGUACCCCAAGGAAGGAUCAUGAUCGGCCGGACUCCUUAAAGGAACCUGCCACAGAUUGGAACUGACCAUAUGUAUCCCUAAGAUACCACCUGGCAGCCUGCACUCGGAGGGCAGUCCUCUUGAUACGGCCCUCCGUAUGAGGAAAAGGCAUCUCCCACUUGUACGUGAGGUGAGAGUGCACACACCUGAUCAUCUGGUAGACUGGCCAGACUUCCCCCCAGACCCUUCCCACCCCUACCCACACUAGUUACUGCUGCUGGGCUGCAGAAGAGAUCUCUGACCAAGGCCCAGUUAACCCGAUGUCAUGCUCAGCUCGGCAGACAAUAAAUACUUGUAAAUUGAAUUGCAUGAUCUUAGCUCAGGUGCUAUUAAUGUGGCUCCCGGCCACACAUUUGCAUGGAUGAGAAAACUGACGAGCCUCUCCAUAGAGUCUCUCUGAGACAAAAUCGGUUUCAAGUGAAAAUGACGUCACAGUAGCUCUGAGCUUCUGGCUAGAAGUGACACGUUCUGAGAACAGAAAGGGCUCCUGAUUGCUUAGGUGAACUGUUACAGAAUCUAGGUGGCCAUAAAUACUGAAACGUAGCACUGAAAUAUACUGAAAGGGGGUAUUAAGAAAUAUAAUUGUAUCUGAAACAAAUUGUCUUAGAAGAUACUGAGUUGCUUGUUUCUGUAGGUUUCAAGAGGAGGAAAAUUUCGAGAAGGAAGACUUUGUCCUCAGAGGUCAAGCCCAUUUUGAUUUAGAUGUUAUACGUAUAGAACAUCCUAUGAUAAAUCUAGAAACUAAUUGUUUCGUCCGCUGGCUUGCUCGGACUCUUGUAAAUUAUGGAAGGAGGCCAUCCAAUGUACUUUACAUAAAUUAACCGUGGCCUCACCUUGCACUCCUUCAUCUCUUCUUUGGGUCUAAACUUGCCUCCACCCUCACGUAAAUUAAGGAGAGAAAGGGAAAGGAAAUGUACCAAACAGAACCAGAGGAGUGCAGCUGGGCUGGAGACUCCGAGAGGUGGGAACAUUCUAGAACUGGAGUGACUCACUCUGGCUGGUCCGUGACUCCUCUCAGGUAAAAUGGAAACACUAACAUCGGUACUUCCUAUCUCCACAAGGAAGGUGUGGAUAAUGUGACUGAACAUGGUUUGGAAAGUGUACUGAAAUGGUUGACUAUGAAAACCUUCCCUUUGACAGUUCAGUUGGAUCCAGCUCCUGCUAGCCACUGAAUUAAUUUGUGUUGCAGUGUGUUCAAUGACACAACUUGUUAUCAAGGAAGAAUAAAGGAAUUCUGCAGUUUGUAAUUGCCCACGAAAGUCAGCCCCCAUGGAGUUGCUGUUAUCGCUGUUUGUCGCCUGAGGUUUGGGGGGUAUGUGAGUGUUUCCACGUGUGCUUUGACUCUGGGUGGGAAAAAACCCAGACUGUGAUUCUCUCAAACCACUUUAGAUGCACUGGGCAAAGUACUGAGUGGGAGCUUUGACUGUAGCUGUCGUUACUCCGUUGCUUUGCUUUCUAAUUAACUUUGUAUGUCCUUUGCCUCUGCCGGGAACAGAGUGUUCAUAUGCUGUUAGAAUUUUUUUAUUGUAAAAUAAAAUGACAAAGGCUUUCAUACCCC